GGGUCAGAUCAACACUGGACGGAGCAGCGCGCGCACAGUCAGCUCAGCGGCACGCUCACGCUCGGCUCAGACUACAGUAGUGUCGUGCCGGACAGACAAGGACUUAGAGUGCCAACGCGAGUGGAGUGUUUAGUGCGAACGGCAAGACCCAACACCACCGCGCUCACCAUGUUCCUCUCCAGCGUGCUGUGCUUCACCGCGGCCGCGCUCGCCAUCGUCAUGCUCGCGGUCGACCACUGCCGGCGCCGGCGCCAGCACGCGGGCGACGCCGCCAAGGACCUGCCACAGAGGGCGCCGGGCCCCAAGGUCUGGCCCAUCAUCGGCAACAUGCACCUGCUCGGCGAGCACGCCAACCCCUUCAUCGCCUUCACCGCGCUCUCAAAGAAGUACGGCGACAUCUUCAGCAUGGUGCUCGGCAACACCCCCUGCGUCAUCGUCAACAACUACGAACUCAUCAAGGAGGUGCUCAUCACGAAGGGGUCGCACUUCGGCGGCCGGCCCGACUUCCUACGCUACCACGCCCUGUUUGGCGGGGAUCGAAAUAACUCGCUCGCCCUGUGCGACUGGUCCGAGCUGCAGAAAACGCGGCGGCAGGUGGCGCGCCUCUACUGCUCGCCCCGCUUCUCCUCCCUGCACUACGACACCCUGACGCACGUCGCCGGCUCCGAGGUGGACCACUUCCUGGACCGGCUCGGCUCCAUGACGGCUUCCGCGGCCAAGGCCGGCGCGCCCGUCUCCGUCAACAUCAAGCCCCUGAUCCAGGCCGCCUGCGCCAACAUCUUCGCCGGCUACAUGUGCAGCACGCGCUUCAGCUACGACGACGCCGACUUCGUCAACAUCGUGCGCCUGUUCGACGAGAUCUUCUGGGAGAUCAACCAGGGCUACGCCGUCGACUUCCUGCCCUGGCUCGCACCCGCCUACCGCCAGCACAUGGGCAGGCUCGCCAAGUGGGCGCUCGACAUCCGCACCUUCAUUCUGACCCGCAUCAUCGACGAGCACCGCCGGCGCCUCGUCGAGGGCGAGGACGUCGAGCUGGACCAGUGCAUGGCCCGGGACUUCACCGACGCGCUCCUCAUCCAGCUGCAGGAGGACCCCCACCUCGAGUGGCAGCACAUCAUCUUUGAGCUCGAGGACUUCCUGGGCGGCCACUCCGCCGUCGGCAACCUCACCAUGCUCAGCCUGGCCGCUGUGGCUGCCCGCCCCGAGGUAUCCGCGCGCAUCCAGGCCGAGGUGGAGACGGUGACCGGCGGCUCGCGCGCCGUGUCCCUGGCCGAUCGCCCCAACAUGCCCUACACCGAGGCUACCAUCCUCGAGGCCCUUCGGGUCGCCUCGUCGCCCAUCGUGCCCCACGUCGCCACCCAGGACACCACCAUCGCCGGCUACCAGGUGGACAAGGGCACCAUGGUGUUCAUCAACAACCACGAGCUCAACACGGGCGAGGCCUACUGGGACGAGCCCGCCGCCUUCCGGCCGGAGCGCUUCCUGCAGACGGCCAAGGACGGCAGCACUGUGGUCGUCAAGCCCGCGCACUUCAUCCCCUUCAGCACGGGCAAGCGGACCUGCAUCGGCUACCGCCUGGUGCAGUCGUGCUCCUUCGUGCUGCUCGCCUCCCUGCUCCAGAACUACAACGUCACCGUAGACCCCGAGCACCCCGUCGUCACCUACACGGCCACAGUGGCGCUGCCCCCAGACACCUUCCCGCUGGCCUUCGUACCUCGGGACGCCGCCAGCACCGUGCCGGCCCCCGCCUAAGGUUUCUGACAGUGUCGCCCGCGUUCCUCCGACGACGGCGUCCUACAUUGCAAAUUGCUGUCGCACCUCGGCACAACGGAGCCGCCCUGCCCCGCCUCACCGUCGGAGUCCUCGUCUGGGGCCUCCAGGUAAACGCAGCCCCGCCGCCCCGCCCUUCCUCGCCGGCCGCCGGCCCCAGGGCUGGCCGACGGCCGGCCUUCAAGCUCCCCUGCCCCACAACCCGUCAACCUGGUCCAAUGCGACGCUUGACAUGCCGGGGAUAAAGGCCAGGAGACCGGGGCGGGGCGGCGGGGCGGCAGGGGGCUCAGGGGUACAGUCUCCUCCGAAAGGGGAGGGGGCCCCGGACCACGCAGGCGUCCCCUUCGCUCGCUUCGCUGCUUCUCAGAACGGACGUCGGAGGGGUUAUUGUUAGAUGAAUGCUUGGAACCGUUAGUACAAUCGUCGGACCCCGAAAGGUGGCCAAGAAGAGUAUUACUAUAUUAUCAGCACAAGUUUUCAUAUCGUUGUUUGUCAUAAUCGCUUAUUAUUAUUAUUUCUCAUACUUUUCGCUUUCACGCCCGGGCGGAUCAGUUCUUUUUACGCUCAUGUAAAACGGAUUCGAUGUCGAUCGUGGGACCGGCCCGACCGGGCUCUAACAUGUUGUUCACGUUCCACUCCAUCAUAUGCAUCACUGUAUUGUUAUCCCUAUGUUGUUAUCGUUAUAUAGACAUUGUCCCAGUGUUAGAUUAGUACAUAAGACUGAAAUCGUACAGUAUCGUUAUGUAUCGUUAUGUAUCCGACUUUUCAUUGUUUUGCUUUUUCGUGAUAUCAGUGCACCAUGUUAUUUAUUCUAUUUAAAUGUCUGUCAAGAGAUCAAAUCUUGGGUGCUGAAGUAAUGUGCAUAUUGUUUCUGAUAAUUUAAAUUUUCAGAUAUUUAUAAAUUAUAUAGCUAUUUAUAUGUAGAGGAAGAAGCAAAGUGGCAUUGGUUGUGCGGUGCGCACUAACCCGGUGUCCAUUUAGUCAAUCAUGUAAAAUGUAUGUUUGUGUGUGUGAAUGUAUUUGUAUGUGCGUGUGUGUGUGUGCGCCUGAGUGAACGCUUUCUUAUGUGUUGUGUAAAUAUUUGUAAAACGUGGUAUAAAAUUGAUAGCUUUCAUGCAAAUUGGCCUGUCCAAGAUGCAAAAUUUUCCAAAUGAUCUUUAUUUUAGGCGAUAGUUUCGGCAUGUUGUAGUGAAACACCAAUAUUUUUUUUAUUGAAAUGAAGCGUACUUUGUCCUUGUACCUCGUGCCUCGUUAACUAAUUAACCCCGUCUCUCGUACUUCGGCCCCCGGGCUGGGCAUCUUGGAAGGACUGCUCGGGCAGCCUGCUCUCUCUCUCUUUCUUUCUCUUUCUCUCAAUCCGGCGUUCUGUGAAUUAAUCAAGCCCCCACUUCUACUUUCUGCGUGUGCGGAGGCUGGAUCAUGUCUAAAUAAACACCAUAUUGUUGCCUAUAUA